AUGACAGCAUCGUGGGUUAAAGAAACUCAAGAAAGCCUGUGUCAAAUCAGGCACUACCUGAAGUCAGAUUUCAAGAUACAUAUCAGUCUUGAAAACCAAUGUGCAAAUCAUUGUCGCACAUAUGCUCUAUCGGAUUCUACGUUGGAAUUCAAGAAGAAAUGCUUUCACAAGCACAACAUGUCAUGCGAUCGCUGUGACAUGUCAAAAGACGCAUUGUCUGCAAUAAGAACUGCUGUAUCAUCAAAGAAUGUAACAAUGAGGUUACUACCCUUUUACGUGAACAUUUUUCACUGGCGAAAUAGUUUAAAGCAUGGGGUUGUAAAUUAUUAUUUGCAUAUUUUACAAUUAUCAUGGUUAGUUGAUUGUUUGAGUACGGAUUUGUCUUUAAAGAGAAGAAACCAAAGAGGAGACAGUGCAUGACUUAGAUGCCGCUGUCCAAAAGAUUCAGUUUUGGAAAGAACACAUAUUGCGAACUGUACACCAGGAUACAGCAAAGAACAUUAUUCUUGAAGAAAUAAAGCCCAAUCAAGUGCUAAGUAUUAUGGACUGGGCAAUGAAAUUUUUGCCUGUAAGUUAUAGAGGAACACAGUCCGAAUGGUUUGGGAAGAAAGGACGUCCAUGGCAUGUUUGUGCCGCAAUAUUCAAGAAACCAGAUGAAGAUGUUGAGGUAUAAGUAUGUCCUGUUUUUGUGUUUUCAAUUUGCACAGAGCUUAGUUGGCAACAGAGUUUCAUCAGUUUGACACACGAGAAAAUUAGAGUUUAAAUAUUUUUUCUUUGUAAGAAUAGGUCAAAACAUCUUUCCAUUUGUUUGACAAUUGCACGCAAGAUUGGUUCUCAGUGGCAUCGAUUAUCGAAGAUGUCUUGUCAAAUUUAAAAGAAAGCUAUCCCAAAAUCUCUGAAGCGUUUCUUAGAUCCGAUAAUGCAGGAUGUUAUCACUGUGCUCCGUUAAUGCUUUCUAUUCCGGGGAUUUCCAAACGAACUGGGAUUGAAAUUAGGCGGUACGACUUCAGUGAUGCACAAUCUGGAAAAGAUAUCUGUGACAGACGAAUAGCAUGCGCGAAAAGCCACAUAUGCCGUUUUUUAAAUGAAGGGAACAACAUCAACACUGCAUCUGAUAUGAAGAAAGCUCUUGAUUCCUACGGCGGCGUCAAAGGGUGCAGAACUUCGGUGGUUUGCAUCGACAGAACCAAGCAGCAAAUCGCAAAGCACAAGUGGACAGCAAUAACACUGUUCUACAACUUUGAAUUUCUGAAAUCGGCAAUUAAAGUGUGGAAGGCGUACAAAAUUGGCAAAGGAACGUUGAUCAAGAAAGCAGAUAUUAAGCAGAUGGCAUGUACUCAAGGAGCAACAGGUUUAAUAUCACAAGAAGCGUUCACUAUCCCGGAAAAUGAUAAGGCUUUGCUCAAGAAAACAACUGUGAAGCAGUGCCAAGAAAAGCGCGAUAAAGAUGAUGUUCCGACCCAGCAUACAUCGAAGGGAUUCAAUUGUUCAGACGUUUCUUGUGUCGAAGUAUUUGUUUCUAAUGGCGCACUUGAAAGGCAUCUCGAUGUUGGUAAACACUUGUACCGUUUACAGACGGAAAGCGCGUACGAUGUUGUAAAGCAAAAGUGGGCAUCAAAGUGUACUACCGUUGGUAUUCAUACUGAAACAAAUAAACACUCUACAGGCGAGUUAAAAGAGGAAACAGGUGAAGCAGAUCAAUCUUCUGUAGCUGUUAAAAUUGGGUGGGCAUUGAAAAUGUCAACCGGUAAGGUACAAGCAGGGACGCCGGAACUGGGGGGGCAGGGUGGGGCGGCUGCCCCCCUUGCCUUUUGCUAGGGGGGGGGCAGGGGGGGGGCAGAAGUGCCCUUUUAGUUGUAAAAUAAUACGUGAUAAAUCCAAUUUCCAACGAUGCUUUUUGUAGGAAAAUCACGAGAUUCAGGUAAUUUAUAGUUUCUAUUUAUAAAAAUUUUGGGAAAUUUUUGGAAUUUAGAAAAAUAUUUUGAAGAAAUGGCGAAAAUUUAAGAUAUCCGGAAAAAUUUUUGGCUUCACGGAAAAUUUUUGUAUGUCCGGAAAAAUUUUUUGACCCCUAAAAUGGUACACUGACCGAAAUUUUUUUGGCGACGGGGGGGGGAGGUCGCAAAAAAAAUUUUGCAGUGAAAAAAAUUUUUUCAGUAAAGGUGCCCUUGGUGUGCGUCCGCCCCCCUUUGCCCUAUUAUCGUUCCGGCGUCCCUGGGUACAAGAUUUACUCCUGAGAACAUUCAUUGAUGGGAAGAAAAGUGGAAUAGAGGCAGACCCAAAGGAAGUGGCAGCUCGAAUAAGAUGUAUGAGAAAUGGAAAGAAGAAAGUUUUUGAUAGGUCUGAAUGGUUAUCAGUGCAGCAAGUGAAGAGCUACUUCUCCCGUCUAAGUGCCCUACAAAGGAAAGGUAUCUUAAUUGAUGAUAACGAAGGAGAACAAAACGAAGAAGUCGAAAUGAUUGAAGAAGAGAUAAGACGAUAUUCUUUGCUUGAUUGUGUAAGAGAAGAAGUGGAAUUGUAA